AUGGCGCCCGGCACGUUGGUACUGGGCAAGAGAAAGCGAAGGGUGCCGGCCGACAAGGCCGCCGAUGUUGACGCCAAGCCGGACACGGCUGCGGCUCUAGAGGAAGCCCAGGCCAUCUUCAGGAAGCACUUCGAGGCCCAGUUCGCGCCUCUGGAGGGGUCCGAUGACGAGGCGAGCAGGCCGGCCGCCAAGCCACGGAGGAAGUCUGCUGCGGGCAGGGAAGCAGCCGGCGACGAGGACGAUGCGGCCGGGGUGGAGGACAUGAGAUCCGAAACCUCUGACUCUGGGGAAGACGAGGACGGCCAGGAUGAGUGGGACGGCCUUUCUGCGGAGGAUGACGACGACGGCGACAGUGAAGACGGCGAGGGCGAUGACGACAGCAGCGAGGGAGAUGAAACAGAGGCAGGGUCCGAAACAGAGGAAACAAACAACCAGGUCGAGGUGGUAGACUACUCCAGGCCCACCCCGUCCUUCUCUACGCUCACGCCCCAGACCGCCCUCAUGACCAAGCGCGAGAUGCGUGCUUACCUGUCCUCACGGCCGCCCGACGCCGUUUCAACCGUGGGCGGGAAGGCCCGCGCGAAACAGAAGCAGCAGAAGGGCGGCGACGGCACCGACGACCCGCAGAACGAGGAUUCAAGAUCGCUGCUCGCCAACGACCUCGAGCUGCAGAGGCUCAUCUCGGAAUCCCACAUCCUGUCGGCCACGAACCCAUUCAACUCGGCCGGCUCGGGCGCCAACGCCCCCAGCAAGGCCUUCGCCGAGGGCCGCACGCGCGCCCUCACCACCGACCUGCGGCUUCAGAAGCUCGGGUCCGCGGGGAGCAUCUUCAGGCAGCAGAAGAUGCCCAUGGCGAUGCGCAAGGGCAUCAGCGGCGCCAAGGCCUCGCGGGAGGAGAAGAGGCGCCGCGAGGCCAAGGAGAACGGCAUCAUCCUCGAGAGAGAGACACCCAGCGAGGGCGGCAAGAAGGCGAAGAGGAAGCAGCAGAAGGGCGGCAGAGGAUCGGACCUGCCCGUCGACAUGCCCGGCAUGGGCAGGAUGAAGGGGGGCGAGCUGCGGCUGAGUAAGCGCGACGUCAGGGCGGUGGAGAUGGAGGGCAAGAGGAUGGGCGACUCUCGCGGGAAGGGGAAGCACCGCAGGCGAAGGUGA